UCUCAACCAAAACUCCUUAAGACAAUCAUAUAACAACUACAUCGCCCACAUAAAUCUGUUCUCACAUCACAUAUCAUAUAAAUUAUAAUAUAUUCUUGUAUCAUAUAUUUUUAAUAAUUAUUGUUAUUUUCUCGUAUUUUUUAAACCUGUAACAACACAUUAACAGUGUUAUUAUGGACACUGUGACUGAAAACCAAUAUGUAUAUUCUAACAUGAAUUCAAAACCUUGUAAAAGUCGAGUGUCGGUGCCACCACCCCGGCCCUUCUUAAAAACCAUACAAACAUCGUUGAAAGAGACAUUUUUUCCUGACGAUCCGUUGAGGCAGUUCAAGGGGAAGUCUAGGUCAAGGAAAUUUAUACUUGGAAUGCAAUAUUUCUUUCCAGUUCUUGAGUGGUCAACCAAGUAUAGUUUUGAUUUCUUAAAGUCGGAUCUCAUUGCUGGGAUCACUAUUGCUAGCCUUGCUAUUCCUCAAGGAAUUAGCUAUGCUAAGCUUGCUAAUUUGCCCCCAAUUCUUGGCCUAUAUUCAAGCUUUGUACCACCGUUGGUGUAUGCCAUGAUGGGAAGCUCUAAAGAUUUGGCCGUAGGAACAGUCGCAGUGGGCUCCUUAUUGACCGGAACAAUGCUAUGUAGCGUCGUUAAUCCCAACGAAAAUCCCAAGCUUUUUCUUCACCUUGCUUUUACUGCCACACUUGUUGCUGGACUUUUGGAAGCUACUUUAGGCUUCUUAAGGCUAGGGUUCAUAGUAGAUUUCUUAUCACAUGCGACAAUAGUGGGGUUCAUGGGAGGAGCAGCCACAGUUGUGUGUUUGCAACAACUCAAAGGGAUACUUGGAUUAACUCAUUUCACUCAAUCCACUGAUCUACUUGAUGUUAUGCAUUCUGUCUUUUCCCAAGAACAUCAGUGGAGAUGGGAGAGUGCAGUAUUGGGGUGUGGUUUCCUCUUCUUCCUCCUACUCACCAAAUACUUCAGCAAGAGGAAGCCAAUGUUCUUUUGGAUAUCAGUUAUGUCUCCGUUGAUUUCAAUUAUAUUGGGAAGUCUUCUUGUUUAUCUAACCCAUGCUGAAAGACAUGGUGUCCAAGUGAUAGGGGCCUUAAAGAAGGGCAUUAAUCCACUCUCUUGUGGUGAUUUUGUAUUGAACUCUCCUUACUUUCCUGUGGCUCUCAAAACUGGCAUUAUUACUGGUGUCAUUGCUAUGGCUGAAGGAAUUGCAGUGGCAAGAAGCUUUGCUAUGUUCAAGAACUACAAUAUUGAUGGUAACAAAGAAAUGAUUGCUUUUGGAAUGAUGAACAUUAUUGGCUCAUGCACCUCUUGCUAUCUUACUUCAGGUCCAUUUUCAAGAUCAGCAGUGAACUACAAUGCAGGAUGCAAAACAGCAUUUUCUAACAUAGUAAUGUCAAUUGCUGUGAUGAUAACACUUAUAUUUCUUACACCAUUAUUUUACUACACUCCUCUUGUUGUCCUUUCUUCAAUUAUACUCUCAGCCAUGCUUGGGCUCAUAGACUAUGAGGGUGCAAUUCAUCUGUGGAAAACUGACAAGUUUGAUUUUAUUAUCUGCAUAAGUGCAUACAUUGGUGUUGUGUUUGGGAAUAUCGAAAUCGGCCUGAUGAUCGCGAUCAUUUUGUCAGUGCUAAGAGUAUUAUUAUUUGUGGCUAGACCAAGAACUAGUGUUCUAGGUAAUGUGCCCAAUUCUAUUUGCUAUAGAAGUAUUGAUCAUUAUCCAGAAGCUCAAACUGUUCCUGGAAUUCUCAUUCUUGAGAUUGGUGCUCCUAUUUAUUUUGCUAAUGCUACUUACUUAAGAGAAAGGAUCUUGAGGUGGAUUGAUGAUGAAGAAGACAAAUUGAAAACAAAUGGAGAGAUUGAUUUGCAUCAUGUAAUUUUGGACAUGAGAGCUGUUGUAUGCAUUGACACCAGUGGGAUAAAUAUGUUGGAAGAAUUGAAGAAGAUCCUUGACAGAAGAGACCUCAAGCUUGUAAUAGCAAGCCCCGGAGGAGAAGUGAUGAAGAAAUUAGACAAGAUCAAAUUUAUUGAGAAGUUAGGACAAGAUUGCGUACAUCUAACGGUAGGAGAGGCAGUAGGAGCAUGCAGAUUUAUGCUUCACACGUGUAAGUCAAAGUCGACGGGUGAAUCAGACACGUGGAGCAAUAAUGUUUGAUUAGAUAUAGCCUAUAAGUAUUGCAUGUAGUAUAUGAUUGUCCACCUAAAUCCAUCAAUCCAACCCUAAUUUGCUAUAUUCUUUGGCAAAACAUAUGUUGUGAUUGUGGGCUACAUUGUAUGCUUUCCAAACAAUGAACACGUACAACUAUUUUGUUCAUAUAAAGAAUUUUGUUUAAUGAUCUUGAUUGAUGUGUGUGACAUGUUACGUACUCGAACAUAUUCGAUUUAAUUGAAUCUUUAGGGAU